GCCAGGCAUGCGGCAGAUAUGCGGAAGGACUUUCUUCUGAAGCUACGCGAGGGUACGCACGAAAAUGCGCAUCGGGUAUUUCACCCUGCGGAAAGUCGCCGAAGAAGUGACGAGGUGCGCAAAAUUUUAGAAAAACUCGGUAUCGUGGACAAACCCGACGCUAUGAAGAUGGCACCCCCGGAGCUAAUUCAGGACAAAGUCGUCCGGAAAAUAGUAGACCAGAUCACGCAGUUACGAUUGAAGAAUCAUAGAUAUUAUAAUUAUAUUGUACUUUCUACUAUACCUCCUCAGUCUGCUUGUAGUACUCGCGGCUACAGAACUUACAGCAGAAAUCAUUGUGAUUGAGGAAACAUGAGACUCCUUUCUCGAGGAGAAAGCGGAGAACUGCAACUUUGCAAGCGGACUGCAGAAUUAUUGUCUGCAGACUCCCCGGACUUUAGAACAAUAAUUCCCUGACCUUAUGACUGCAGACAAUAACUCUCGGAAUUGAGAGUCUCAGAACCUGGCAUUGUCUUUCAUCUCCUAAUGUGUACUGCGUUCUACAAAUAUAGAUCCUAGACUGGUCAUGCUUGUAAAAAUAUUGAUCCUAGACUGCGUUGUAAAAAUAUUGUACAGGGAGUGGUUAAUCCAUAACUUCGAUGUGAUAUUGUCUCUUAGGUACCGAUAUCCGUAGAUUUGUGGCCGAUUGUACGGUCUUACGCGCCCCCAGUAUGUAACUUGGAUGACCAUAGUUGAGCAUGUUAAUUAAUUGAUUGAAAGGGCGGUGGCCUAUAGUCCUAACGCAAAAAAAAAUCUUAGGUGGUCUUAUCGAAUCUGCGACAGGGACACACAAAUGACAUGGUCAUGCUUUGUUCAACUUAUAAUUAUAAGUACUUGCUUAUUGGAAAAGUCAUGCUUUGUUCCACUUAUGAUUAUAAGUACUCGAAAAUUGAAAAUAUGCGAUUAGCUAACUGAAGUAACCGAGUACCUGAGAAGCUUACUCUCUUCAGUUACUCGCUUAUCUCAGUUUUUCGAAUACUUGCUUAUUGGAAAAGAUUGAUGCUACAACUCUUAUUUCAUUCGUUCUAAUUUGAGACUUGAUGCCCGUACUGGGGUACGAGGAUGCCGGGACACGCGCUAAAGUCCUUGGAUAUGAAGACAGAACGAGACUGCCGCGACUCGGGGAUGUCCUUCAUUUCCGAGAUUUACUCGACUACGGCACGAGCAUGAGUGAGGUAAUCCUCUUCCUCUAUCAAAGCUUUGGCGUUUUCGAGUUGGAAGCCGAGUCGGAUGAUUUUCGCGACAUGCUGGACAUGGAAGAGCUACUGUUGGCCCACGUACAGGUCGCUUUUGUUGGGGUCAUGACCGGUUGCUUAGAGAAGAUUCAAAUGAUGCCUGAUCCGGACAGUCGCGCACGAAGUCUCAAAAUCGCGUUCUACUACGUUGCAUCGCUCGGCUUACGCGUGGUCGAGGACUUGCAGCAUUCUAAGUCGGUGAUGCUCACCGGUUGCAUUUGCCGAAACCUCGUGAAGAGAAUAAUUAAGGCUGUACACCACAAAACUUUGAUUAAUUAUCAUUAUGUGUUUGCCUAUUAUUUAGGGCUGGCUCCACCACAAUUAUGUGUUUGCCUAUUUAGGGCUCCACCACAAAAAUUGUUAAGGCUACCGCAGAUGCAUCCUCUUCCUCCGCUCAACACACCGUCGGUCCCUGUUGUCCUCAUUUUCAUGUAGGAAACAGAUCAUGCAUCCUCCACUCAAGACACCGUCGGUGUCCUUGUUGUCCUCAUGAACUUUACCGUCGGUGUCCUCGUUGUCCUCACGAACUUUUUCAACUAUACUCGGAAAUAAAGGGGUCAAGAAGUAAGUAGUAGGUGGAUCAUGCGACGAGAAAAGGUGUACCACUGCGGUACAACCUCUAAAAUAAACAAAGGGCACAACGAGCAGACGCGCGACUUCCGGCAUGAGCUCUUGCCGCCCAGUACGGAAGCAGUUUUUCGUUGGUUCCUUCUCAUUAAGGGUUUCCGCAUUUUUACAUUCUGAGGGUUAAACUCAAUCCUUUCUAGCUACCCUUCAGCGACCUCUGCUGCAAUUGGUGCACAUGCCAAAUUGCAUUCUUCAUUUCUAACAUUCCUGAUGACUCUUUUCCCAUUAAGAAAGAAGCCAGGAAUGAUCUGAAGACUGCAAUCCAUCGCGGAGCCUCUAAUCUCACCUGGAGAACGCAAACGCCGAUCGCCUGCGAGUAUUCUGCGGUAGUGCAAUUGCUCUGUCGGCAGAUCAUCCAGGCGACUGCGGAACUGAAUCUGGGAGCGAGUCGGCGUGUGGACGCCUCACUGGCCACGGGAGACCGGCAGAUAGUUAAGGCUAGAGAUAAAUACUUCAUCUUUGAUAAGUUGUAACACAAAAAUGAUGGUUCCCUUCCGGAUGCUGCAGCGCCAUGAGUACUAGUAGAGUAGUGAUGAACUCCCAAUCCAUACAUCUUUUAGAGAUUCAUCUCUGAGAAAGUAUGACUGAGUAUUCUCAUCGUGAUUUACGGUUGAAGGAUGCACAUCAAAGACGAAUAUCCGCCAGCCCUAAAAUAGGAGGUCCGGCGGCGUCGCGAGCAUUUACCUACAGCGUCGAUGCGCUGGACCACACACACAUUUUGGAGUAUGCAGAACAGUACUUGAAUUUGCUUGCGGAGUUCUUCGAGUGGAAUAUGAAGAAGAAUAGCAAGCACUUCGACAAGAAGACCGCCGAGGAAAUUGUGAACGCGCUCUUCCAGGUUUCGCACCAGGUCCUCAUGAUUUUUAUGGAGGCGAUGGUGGUUGUACGGAGGGAAAAGAUCAUGGGGGACCUUGCGGACAUCCUGUACACCGCGGCAAAAGCGUCCUCUGUGGUUAAGGCUCAACUUUAAUUGGUCACUGAGAUCGAAGAGGGGCUCCUGUGAGAGAACAGGGGAAAAUGGAAGGAAAACAAGCUGAGAGGUGUAAGUAGGGCCCUUCUCGUCCAGAAUCAGUGACCAAUGACUGUCGACCUUUAAAGUGGGUGGCGCAGUCUCGUGGAUCAAGCGCGACAUAGCGCACCUCUUUUCCGCAGACUUCUUCCCGCAAACUGCGAACAAAUGCGUAACCCCAAGGGCGCGGAGGCAUUUCUACGAGCUUGGAGGGAUGGCGCCGUUCAUCAACGAGGGUCGCGACUACGUGGAUCACUCCACGCCAUGGCGCGUUCUGGCUGAGGAGUUUGAAUAUUAA